UAGGGCAAUGGAAGGUAUAGUACACUUAGAGCCAUUAUUGAACUCUAGGAAAGCCUGCUCUCAGUGAUGUGCUGAAGCCAACUCUUAACUGCUAGCAAGAGCCAAUUAUUGGCAUCUCUUCCCAACUCAAUGUUAAAUGACUUCUUGUUGGUAGCUUGAAACUGGCCAUGGCGGGAGUAUUUACAGAAAUUGGUAAACACUAUGAAUCAGCCCCUACCCUCUAAAACAGUUGUUUAAACAUAGUGCUCAUGUGGAUGAUAGAAACCAGGAAAGUAAAUUCUCUCCCAUUGUGGCUCUACUGGACAUCUGGUCCUGGUUGGAGAAGGGCCUCAAGGACUUUGCAACUACAUUCUUUAUGGCUGAAAUAUUGCUGAGCGCUCUAGGCUCCAUGUGUAUCCAGAGGCUGAUACGGAGAAAGAUGGUGUGAGGAGUGACUAGCUAUGAUGGCUCACUUAGUUCUUAAUUGGUAAGAUAAAAUGCCAGGGCUGGAAGAAGGGGCUUGCUUCCCCUCCUUGACUUCUCUAGUAGAAUCAUAUUGAGUCUGGGUGGUGUGAAGUGAGGGAGGAAGAUCCCUGUGGCCAGUGGCUUGGAGAGAUGAAUACUAUUGGUACUGUCCUAUGGACGGUUUCGUUGGUACUUUGCUGCAGUCCUUUCCCUCCUCCACGGCUAGGAAGCGCUCUUGCGCGAUCUCCAGGCUGACCACCCAAUCCCGGUGUGGCGGCGCUCUAGUCGCUGUUUCUGUAUGUCCAGGCAGGGCGGCUUCCUACCCGCUGGAGCGUUGCCGGACACUCUAUGGCCCUGGAGAAAGCUCCGCCUCGGUGCACGCAGCGUCCGGGACCCGGUCAUGGCGCGGCUCCCCAAGCUGUCAGUGUUUGACCUGGAUUACACGCUCUGGCCUUUCUGGGUCGACACGCAUGUAGACCCUCCGUGCCACAGCAGCGGUGAUGGAACUGUACGAGAUAGCCGGGGUCGGACCAUCCGACUUUACCCAGAUGUGCCCGAGAUCCUGGAACGACUGCUGGGCCUGGGGGUGCCUGUCGCGGCCGCUUCCCGGACAGGUGAGAUUGAAGGGGCCAACCAGCUGCUGGAGCUCUUUGACCUAGUCAGAUACUUCGUUCAUCGGGAAAUCUAUCCCGGCAGCAAGGUCACACACUUUCAGAGGUUGCAGCAAAAGACUGGAGUUCCUUUCUCCCAGAUGAUCUUCUUUGAUGAUGAGAAGCGGAAUAUCGUGGACGUCAGCAAGCUGGGUGUUACCUGUGUUCACGUCCAGAAUGGGAUGAAUCUUCAAACCCUAACUCAAGGGUUAGAGACAUUUGCAAAGGCCCAAGUUGGACCCUGAGGUCCAACCCUGUGGAUGAAUCUCAUUCAAGGCAUAAAACAGGAAGGCAUUUCAGGUGCAUUUGUAAAUUAUUAAAGUGUAUCUGUGUGUGACAAGAGAUCCUACCCUCGUUGUGGGUUGUUUCUAUUUUUCUA